AUGGCGCUAAAAGACAAGGUUGUGCUGAAAAUGGGCGACACGAUCGUGGACGUGCUGAUGGGCCCCGUGUACGUCGAGAGCGUCGUGCACCAGUACCCGAACCACGCGGUCUUUUCGCCCGCCGACGCCAGUACCGCCUCGCUUUUCGCGAAGCGCGAGGGGCCGCUACCGCCCGGGCGGGUUCUUAAGCCGGGGCGCUGUUACCACCUCGUGCGGAAGGCGCAAGGGAAGGCGGGGGGAGCGGAGUGCGCGCACGUGGAUGAAGGCGGGACGGGGCGGAAGCCUCCGCGGGAUUUGCGCAAGACGCCUUCCGCCAACGGCAGGAACGAGCGCAAUUUAUCUCCGCCCUCCGCGCAUCCGCACUCCGCGAUUCCGCCACUAGCGCAGGUGCCCGCGCGGUCCCCGCCGCGCGUCACCAUUUUCGUGAAGCCCCGCCAUCGCGUCAAUCACAGCACCAGCGCCCUCCCCGACGUUUCCCCCGAUGCCUCUCCGCCACACGCCCGCACCUCCGCCGCCGCAGCUGCAGCAGCCUUACCCACAGGCGCAUAUUCCCCCGCUUACGCGGAUGGCGGAGCAAGUAGGCGGCGCGCGGGAGCGACAUGCGGGAUGGCGCCGAACGGGAAGACGGGGGAGAGCCACGCGGGGGAAGGGCAGCGCGCUGGGCUGGCGGCUUCCCCCGGACGGCUGAUGGUGCCCGCGCUGCGGCGGUCCAGGCGCGGCAUGCACCGCCCAUGCAAAUCGCUGAGCGGAAGUCCGGAGGAGAUAGGGGGCCUCGCGGAGGAGGCGUGGGGGGGAGACGAGGACGGGGGGAAGGCGGGGGACGGGCGAUGGCGCAGCGCGCAUGUGACUCCGCAGGGGAGCGCGCACGCGACGCCGUAUGGCAGCCCGUAUGGCAGCGCGCACGCGAGUCCCUUGCGCGGGGCGCUGCCCGCGUCAUACAGCAAGGCGCCCGCGCCGCCCUGCGCCAGCGCGCUGAGGCCCAGGACCGCGGGCGGGGAGUGGGGCGGGGAGAAGGGUGCGGCGGCGCAGGCAGGCGCAGGGGCGGGGGCGGUGGCGGGGGCGGGGGCGGGGAGCAGUCCGCUGACGCGCAGCCACGGGCGCAGGCACUCGAGUGGCGGGGGGUUGGGGGGAGUGGCCGCGCUGGACGCGGUAGAGGCGCUCAUUGGCGCACAGAGGGUGCUGGGCAUGACGGAGGCGGACAGGGGGAGGGGCAGGGGGGAGGCGGAGGAGGGAGAGAUGCGGAGUGAGGGGAAGGGCGGGCAGGGGUGGGCGGAGGCACUGGUGGAGAAGAUGAGGCAGCUGAGUCCGCUGAGGGGGCGGAGUCCUUUAAGGGGAAGGAGUCCCAAGGGAGGCCGAAGCCCCACGUCCCAGCGCGUGCAUGCAGCAGACAGCAGCAAUAGCGUGGGCAGGAGCAGUGGCAAUAUGGGUGGCAUGAGCGGCGUGGGCAGUAUGGGAGGAAUGGGUGUGGGGGCGGAGGGGCAGCGCAGCCCUGACCUGGCGCGGCCGCCCUGUGCUGUGCCCAGGAGAAGCAGCUUCAGCCCGCCCCGCAUGGCGCCUAGCAGUAGUUUCAGCCCGCCCCGCAUGGCGUUUGACCAGGGGGAGCAUGCCUGGCAGCAGCACCCUGAGCCCCGCCCCCCCAUGCAGCACCCUGAGCCCCGCCCCCCCAUGCUGCACCCCCCCACGCCCGUGCUCUUUCUCACCAGACCCGCCCACUCUUCUUCCCCUCCGCCUUCUCAGCGCUGUGCCGCCUCCGCUACCCCCUCGCAGCACUCUCCCCCCCACACUGCCGCCCCCUCACACCGCUCUCCUCCUCAUGGUGACGCACACGGGCGGUACCACGGGGCCUCCAUGAGCCCUCGUUCUGUUAACCCUCGUUCUGUGAGCCCUUGCCCUGUGAGUGAUGAGGAAGGAAGGGGAGAGAUGGACACAGAGAUGUGGCAUGAUGGGGUUGGGAAUGAGUGGACGAGGCAGGAGCAGCAGGGUCAGCAGGGGCAGCAGCAGGGGCAGCAGCAGCAGCAGGGGGAGCGCGGGGAGGAGGCACGCAGUGAAUUGAAGCGCAAGGCACGUGACAAGGGAAGUGAGGGUGACAGGGCCAAGCAGGGGAGCAGGGGCCGUGAAGACAGUGGCAGUGAGGGCAGAGGGCGGGAGCGCAGCCCUUUGAGGCGCCUGCUGCACGCCAUCUCCCUGGACAGCAAGGGCAGUGAUGGCGACAAUCCCAAGGAGGAGGGCAGUGGCCAUGGCCAGGAGGGCAGAGGCCAGGAGGGCAGAGGCCAGGAGGGCAGAGGCCAGGACCGCAGCCCCUUGAGGCGCCUACUGCACGCCAUCUCCCUGGACGCCCCCUCCCGCCCUGGCAGGCCCAGGCGCGCCGUGGACGACAGUAUGGUGGGCAGCAGUAGCGGCAAGGCCGUGCACGGCACGCCAGGUGGAGCAGCAGCGGAGGACGUAGAGUGGCAGGCGGCGGUGGCGGCGUUCAGGCGGAGAGUAGAGGUGCUGAACGGGGAGUGCCUGUUCAACUGGUCCACUGUCACAGUGGGCAAGGAGGAGAGGCGCGCUGUGAUGUGGAGGCCCGAUUUGCCGGACGUGCAGGAGGCGAGUGACGCCGGGAGGAGCGGCGUGCCGGCACAAGCCCACAUUGUCUGCUCACAUCACCAGCUGGCUGAGUUAAGAGCAGCAGGAGCUUUGGCUGGGGGCACAGCAGCAGCAGGGACUUGGAUUGGCAGCGGCCUCUUCAACUGGCCCACGGUGACAGCGGGCAAGGAGGAGAGGCGCGCUGUGAUGUGGAAGCCCGACCUGCCCGACGUGCAGGAGGCGAGCGAUGCCGGGUCGUUUGCGGCGCCGAUUACACGGCACAGGCGGACUCUGUCUGCGCAGAUCACCAGCUGGCUGACUUAA